GGUAAACAUACGGCUGUCUUCUUGGAAAACUGAGAAGUACAAAGAAUGUUUAUGUGCAGGCCCAGUCGUUCCAAGUAUCUCUUGCCGGUUUAGACACACCUGGGUUACCAUCCCCCUCUUAUUGGCUAAGAAAGUUGCCCCACCUGAUUUGUAAGUUUACCUGUCCUAGUCAGUGUAAGGGGGGGCACUUCAGCUAGCCAACACUGGCUUUAAUCUGGCUAGAAGUAGCAAAGCAGCUCUGAAAAACCACCAGGCUCUGAGGUCAUUACAACAGGAAAACUGUUCUCUCCUGAGGCGCAGAGAAACUCUCUUCAGAGUAGCCCUACCAGCUCAGGACUUGGGUAGGAUAAAACCCAUCCCAGAGGACGAUGGCUACCUACGCCCUGCAGAUUGCUGGACUGGUGCUUGGCGGUGUUGGCAUGGUGGGCACGCUGGCUGUUACCAUCAUGCCUCAGUGGAGAGUGUCUGCCUUUAUUGGAAGCAACAUUGUGGUUUUUGAAAACUUCUGGGAAGGACUGUGGAUGAAUUGUGUGAGGCAAGCUAACAUCAGGAUGCAGUGCAAAGUCUAUGAUUCCCUGCUGGCUCUCUCUCCGGACCUACAGGCAUCCAGAGGGCUGAUGUGUGCUGCCUCUGCACUGUCCUUCCUGGCUUUCAUGACCGCUGUCCUGGGCAUGAAAUGCACCAGAUGCACUGGAGACGACGAGAAGGUAAAGAGUCACAUCUUACUAACGGCUGGGAUCAUCUUCAUCGUCACGGGUGUCCUGGUGCUCAUCCCGGUGAGCUGGGUGGCCAACUCCAUCAUCAGAGAGUUCUACAGCCCAAUAGUGGAGACUGCCCAAAAGCACGAGCUCGGAGAUGCUCUCUACAUAGGCUGGACCACCGCGCUGGUGCUGAUCGCUGGAGGGGCACUGUUCUGCUGUGUUUCCUGUUACAGUGAAAAGAGCAGAAGCUACAGAUACUCUGUCCCUUCCCAUCGCACAACCCAGAAGAGCUAUCACAUGGAAAAGAAGUCACCGAGUGUGUAUUCCAGAAGUCAGUAUGUGUAGUUGGGUCUAGUUUUUAACUUUACUGAUAAAGCCAUGCAAAUGACUGAAAUGCCCACUGUUUUCUAAAAAUGGAACCCAAAGGAACAUUGAUUUGCCGUUCUUAACUGCCUAACAUUAAUUACAGGAACUGUGCAUUGGCUAUUUACGAUUCUAUAAGCUACUUCAGCAGAAUGAGAUAUUACACACAGUCCUUGAUUGUUUUAGGAAGUGCAGUAAUGUAUUUUCUAAAAUGAUUCACUCAUCUUUUCCUUUCACCAGUUACUUCAAAAAGACAUUGUUAAAGACUGUAUCAUUUUACAACCGUGAUUUCUCUAUGACACAGCAUUAUGCAUGUAGAUCAGCAUGACAUUUAUCUCUCACAUAAAUAGAUACAGGCUUACAGGGUUCUCUUUUAAAUGAAAUACGGAUUCAGUGCACUGAAUAAAUAAAAUUCAACUAUUGCUUUUCAGGGGAGUCGGGGAUAAGAUUGAAGAAGGUUAAUAUUAAUUGUGUAAAAACAGCUCAGUGAUUAACGUGCUCGAUUUAUAACUAAGGUUAAAAUGAAGGCUUUAAUCAGCAGCGUAAAGGAAACUAAAUGGCUUUCUGAUAUCUUGUUUUUCAACCUAAAAGUUAGAAAGUCUAACUCUUUUAUCCGCUUUCCCCAGAGACCUUUCUUUUCUUGUAUAUUAAAUGAACAUCUUUUAAAAGGAAGAUAUUUUGUCAAGGGACUUUGCAUUCAAACUGCUUUUCCAGGGCUAUACUAAGAAGAAAGAUAAAACCAGUCUAAGAAACAUUAAAGACUUCAGGAAACUUA